UGGCACCACUGGCUGUGUUGAUCUUCCUCGCCCACAAGUAUUGGAAAACGAGGAUCACGAUCGAUGCUGUCGAGAAGUUCCUCCGAAAGCAACAAAUGCUAGGUCCAAUGAGGUAUGCCUACACCGACAUCACAGCAAUUACAAGCCAUUUCAGAGAUAAGCUGGGCCAGGGAGGCUACGGCUCUGUGUUCAAGGGUGUGCUAUUGCCAGGCAAUGUUCAUGUCGCUGUCAAGAUGCUAGAGGGCAAUCCUAACUGCAAUGGAGAAGAUUUCAUCAAUGAAGUCUCCAUCAUCGGUAGGAUCCAUCACGUUAAUGUGGUGCGCCUCAUGGGAUUCUGCUCAGAGGAAAUGAGGAGAGCACUAGUUUAUGAGUACAUGCCUCAAGGUUCUCUGGACAAGUACAUCUUCUCAGCCAAGAAGAGUUUCUCCUGGGACAAGCUAGCCGAUAUAGCAGAUCCGGCUUGAUCCAUAUUACGUUUUUUACCGCUACUUCCUCGAGAAGGACGACAAGGGUGUCGAUAAGGGCAAGGGCAGUUGUGGAUGAUCUUCUUCAUAGCUAGUAUGUAGGUAGAACAUGCCAAAUUUUGGUAGUCCGAUGGCAUGUUCUGAACUAGUAGCCGGACGAUGUGUGUUGCAUUGUUUACGUACAUUGCAUGACUUCGUAUGGAUUUGAGGUAUAUGCUAAUUGAGAUGUCCGACUGUGAGAAGGAAAAUUUCAAGGUGUGACCGGUUAGUGUCCGCAGACGCGUCGAGCGCAUCUGCAGGCUUUUAAGAGGCUGGAUUUGCCAAGUCUGGCUGUAAAUGCUCUUACUACCUCAUGACUCCGUUUUUUGAAUGAUUGACCUAUAUUUUUCUUCUUCCACCAUUCCCUGCUCUUUAUGGUUUGUACUACUAGUAUCAAACAAUAUAAAAAUCACACAUGGCUUUGUAUGAACGACUCACUAUCUCAUGACGGGUUGUACUAGUAUCAAACAAUAUAAAAGACACAGUUUGUACUACCUCAUGACGGGUUGUACUAGACAAAGCAGUAGUGGUAGUUUUUAUAUAGGAGGGGUUUAGGCAAUUAGUUCAACUAAAAUAAGGAAUUAGAUCGGCAUUAGUCAUUGACAGAAUUGCUAACUGAGUAAUACUCAAUAUCUCAAAUGAAUGAUAUU